AUGUCCUCGUCUCUUCUUCUCUCUGGCUCUACACUAUCUUCUUCGUUAAUCGCUCCAUCGAAGCUUUCUCUCGUACGGAAUCCCAAUAAGUCACUAUUACCAUUUCGGAAUACUUCGAGAAGCUUCAAAACCCUUAAGUGCGCCGUCGAUUCUCCGUAUGGAGACAACGCCCCGACGUUCCCGCGGACCAGAGUUUGGGACCCUUACAAGCGUCUAGGGAUUAGUCCAUAUGCUUCAGAGGAAGAGAUCUGGGCCUCCCGUAACUUUCUCAUAGAGCAGUACGCUGGACAUGAGAGAAGCGUAGAGUCUAUAGAAGGCGCCUUUGAGAAGCUUCUAAUGUCUAGUUUCAUCAGAAGGAAGAAGACUAAAAUCAAUCUAAAAACAAGGUUGAAGAAGAAAGUUGAGGAAUCUCCUCCUUGGCUCAAAACCCUUCUCGACUUUGUUGAGAUGCCUCCCAUGGACACUAUUUUCAGAAGACUGUUCCUCUUUGCCUUCAUGGGUGGUUGGAGUAUCAUGAACUCAGCAGAAGGCGGUCCUGCGUUUCAGGUGGCGGUAUCAUUGGCUGCUUGCAUAUAUUUCUUGAAUGAGAAGACAAAGAGUUUGGGGAGAGCUUGCUUAAUCGGAAUUGGUGCUUUAACGGCCGGGUGGUUCUGUGGUUCGCUAAUCAUACCUAUGAUUCCUACGUUUCUCAUUCACCCGACAUGGACACUCGAGCUCCUAACAUCACUGGUUGCUUAUGCGUUUUUGUUUCUUUCUUGUACUUUUCUCAAGUAA